AACAAGGCUAUCAAUUACGUCAACACUGCAGUGGACUUUAGUUUCUACAGGUAAUCCAAAGGGAGUGACUCUGAAACAAUUGAACAACUGAAACAAGUGUUUAAACAUGGCAAAAUUCCUAUCACAAACUCAGAUUGAUGAGUUCAAAGAAUGUUUUUCGCUUUAUGACAAGAAGCGGAAGGGGAAGAUUGAUGCUAAAGAUCUUAUCACAGUCAUGCGCUGCCUGGGUACAAGUCCCACUUAUGGUGAAGUGGACAGACAUCUUCAAGUCCACAAAAUAGAUAAGACGGGAGAGCUGGACUUUUCCAUUUUUCUAACUAUGAUGCACAGACAGAUGCAACAAGAGGAUCCUAAGAAUGAAAUUCUGGAUGCUAUGCGCAUGACAGACAAACACAAAAAGGGCUACAUCCUGGCCUCUGAGCUUCGUGCCAAACUCACUGGAUUGGGAGAAAAGCUCACUGAUAAAGAAGUGGAUCAACUUUUUAAGGAGGCUCAUGUUGGACCUGAUGGACUUAUUCACUAUGAAGAGUUCACCAGAAUGGUUACACUUCCUACAGUAGACUACUAAUAAAUGUUGUAUCUAAAAGAGUGCAUAGGAGCCUAACAAACUAAAUAAUGCAGUUAUUUACUGGCAAGAAUGGGAUAUUUUAUUUCUCCUUUAUACAUUGUAUAUAAAAAAUUAUUGAUUAAAUUUAAGAAAACUAUUUUGAUAUUUCC